AGAGUACAGCUCACUGGUUCAGAGUAGACAGAAGAUGCCAGUCAUCAACAUCGAGGACCUGACAGAAAAAGACAAGCUGAAGAUGGAAGUUGACCAGCUCAAGAAAGAAGUGACACUGGAAAGAAUGAUGGUUUCCAAGUGUUGUGAAGAAGUAAGAGAUUAUAUUGAAGAAAGAUCUGGAGAGGACCCUCUGGUGAAGGGGAUUCCAGAGGACAAAAAUCCCUUCAAGGAGCUCAAAGGAGGCUGUGUGAUUUCAUAGGCAGGGGGGAAAUUUUCUUAAAAUAUUUAGAAUUUUACUGACAGAGCAAAUUGUUCUCCUAUGCAAUCAAAUUUGUACAUGUUUAAACUUAUGAACUUUAAAUUUUAAUAAAAAUUA